CGAAGAAGGAGUUGACCGGAAAUACGACAUAAGCUAAAGCGGACGCAGAAGUUUCAUCAUGGAGGUAGACGGAGUCGACCAUAUGGAGAUGGGGGACAGUAAAGGCGGGUCAGGUCUCCGUCAGUACUACCUAUCCAAGAUAGAAGAGCUCCAGCUGACUGUGAACGACAAGAGCCAGAAUCUGAGACGUCUGCAGGCACAAAGGAAUGAGCUCAAUGCCAAAGUGCGUCUGCUGCGUGAGGAGCUGCAGCUGCUGCAGGAGCAGGGCUCCUACGUGGGAGAAGUGGUCCGGGUCAUGGACAAAAAGAAAGUGCUGGUCAAGGUGCAUCCUGAAGGGAAGUUUGUUGUGGACGUAGACAAGAACAUUGACAUCAAUGAUGUGACUCCAAAUUGCCGCGUGGCGUUGCGCAACGACAGCUACACCCUGCACAAGAUCCUGCCCAACAAAGUGGACCCCCUGGUUUCUCUGAUGAUGGUGGAGAAGGUGCCGGACUCCACCUACGAAAUGAUCGGUGGCCUGGACAAACAGAUCAAGGAGAUCAAGGAAGUGAUCGAGCUGCCCGUCAAGCACCCGGAGCUGUUCGAGGCGCUGGGAAUCGCUCAGCCCAAGGGUGUGCUGCUGUACGGCCCACCCGGUACAGGGAAGACCCUGCUGGCCAGAGCUGUAGCCCACCACACUGACUGCACCUUCAUCAGGGUCUCUGGCUCUGAGCUGGUCCAGAAAUUCAUCGGAGAGGGGGCUCGCAUGGUGCGCGAGUUGUUCGUCAUGGCGAGAGAGCACGCUCCCUCCAUCAUCUUCAUGGACGAGAUCGACUCCAUCGGCUCCUCCCGCCUGGAGGGCGGCUCGGGCGGAGACAGCGAGGUGCAGAGGACGAUGUUGGAGCUGCUCAAUCAGCUGGACGGCUUUGAGGCGACUAAAAACAUCAAGGUCAUCAUGGCCACCAACCGUAUCGACAUCUUGGACUCGGCUCUGCUCCGGCCGGGAAGGAUCGACAGAAAGAUCGAGUUCCCCCCUCCUAACGAAGAGGCCCGCCUGGACAUCCUGAAGAUCCACUCCAGGAAGAUGAACCUCACUCGUGGCAUUAACCUGAGGAAGAUCGCAGAGCUGAUGCCGGGAGCCUCUGGCGCCGAGGUUAAGGGCGUCUGCACAGAGGCCGGGAUGUACGCCCUGAGGGAGCGGAGAGUGCACGUCACCCAGGAGGACUUUGAGAUGGCCGUGGCAAAGGUGAUGCAGAAAGACAGCGAGAAGAACAUGUCCAUCAAGAAGCUGUGGAAGUAAAAAAAACAAACCGCUGUGGAGUUGCUGCACACGCCGCUAAUACAUAUGUACAUUUUUCCCCUUUCUUUGUUUGUAUGAGUCCAUAAUUAAAUGGUUGGAUGGUAA